AUGGAACUCAUGACACGUACAGUCCACGUUCUCUUUACAUUCCCCAUAAAACCACCCCCAAAGCUCCCAUGUUCAAAUCUCAAAUCCAAAAACAACAAAAGCAAAACGCAAUCACCCCUCUCUUUCUUUCUUCCCCUAAGACUACAUCGAUCUCUUUGUUCUUUAAAACUGGAAACCAAGCGAGCAAGCCUGGAGGAGAUCGAAGGAGAACAUAACAAGAGGGUUGUGGUAGCCCUGUAUGAUGCCCUAGUCAACAAAGACAUCGAAACGGCACACCGCUUGCUAGCACCUGACCUAGAGUGGUGGUUUCAUGGUCCACCAAUUCACCAACAACAUUUGAUGAGCUUACUCACUGGCCAACCACCAUCUUCAUCUUCGUCAGUAAGACCGAACAACAACUCCUUCAUCUUUCAGUACCCCCUCUCCAAUGUUGUCGCCUUUGGAUCAAUGGUCCUUGUUGAAGGGUUUAGCAAGGAUUGGAAUGUUUCGUGGGUUCAUGCAUGGACUGUCACAAAUGGGAUCAUUACCCAUGUUAGAGAGUACUUCAACACUUCUGUUACUGUCACCCGUUUUGGAGAUGGAGGGUCAUCAAUAUCAUCAUCACCGGCGAUUAGCACUUCUCAGCCUAGGGCUAGUUGCCAAAGCGUUUGGCAAAGCAAGGUCUCUGAUAACAAGUCUGUGCCUGGUCUUGUUUUGACACUCUAA